CUGACUGGUCCAUCAUGUGGGUGUGGGCAUUACUUCCUGUCACCAUGGCUGUGUUUGGGACUGUUGGCAUUUGGGUAGUCUAUGGCAUGGCUGUGUCCAAUAACACAGUAAAUAUAACUGAAGAAUUCCCGUAUAUCAGCACAUGUGGCUCUUACAACCCCCAAAGCUGCCUGUUUUCUCAGGUCUGCAACAUUUGCUGUGUUCUGGCUCUGUGGAUCGUCUCAAUAAGAUUUCAGCAGGUUCGGGAUUUGGGCUGUGCAUCUCAUACAAACACAUCCAGUUUGGUGCUUGGUUUCAUCUCUAGUAUUGGCAUUUCUGUUCUCGGAAACUUCCAGCAAUCAGUGGUGAAGGGGGCUCACCUGCUCGGUGCAUUCCUGGCCUUCUUCCUGGGUUUGGCUUAUUUUUGGGUCCAGGCGUGGCUUACGUACCGCGCCCAACCGUCACAUGACCGGAAUUGGGUGGGGCCAGUGCGCAUUAUCCUCUGCAGCCUGUGCACAGUCUUGGUCAUCUGCAUGGGUGCUUUCCAUAUCACAGGUUACCGUUCUGAAGCUGCUUUCUCUGAGUGGGCUCUGGUCAUGUGCUUCUUUGCACUGUUCGGGAUUUUUGCUGCUGAGUUUAGACACAUUGACUUCCACAAGCUCGCUGUGCAAAAGGAAGGAAUGAAAACAGACAAUAAUAACACCAAUAGUGUGUGGACUCUGCAGGAAAUUCACUGAAGAUGGGGCAUAUUACUUGACGGCCAGUUGUGGCUGUGGUAAUCAGAAUUUAGACAAACACACACACAAAGUGUAAUAAACUCACCAUAUAUAAGACCUAAUUCACGCUAGCGCCAUCUUUGAUGGCUAGGCUGUGAGGGAUAGAUUUACUGUCUCUUCAAUGGGCUGCACUGCAGUUUAAAGUGUUUUUGGAUCAUUCCGUGGACAAAACAUUGAAAAAUAUAUUUCUAAGAACAUUUACUCUACAGUGUACAAAGUAUACAAAGAACUCCAGACAACAUGAGUUGUAGAAAAUCAGAUUUGAUCUAGGAGCUUUUUACAACUUUAUACCAUUUGUGCCAUUCAAGAGACUUUGAGUCUAUCCCUCAGAGCCUCAUUGUCAUUCCCAUUAAAAAUCAAAGAUGGCGCUAGUGUGAAUAAGGUCUAUAACCUGCACUAAAGCACUCUUCACACACAUCAUAUAAAAACGUAAUUAUUUUAAUAUGUUCCUUGAAGUUCACUUAUAAUUUUAGUCAUAUAUUUGUAAAACUUUACACUUUACACAUAUAUGUGUAAAAAAUUUCACUCUCACUUUGACGCUCAGUUUUGGUGCUGCUUCUCUUUUAAGACUUGACAGUAAACACCCUCUGUUAUGGAUGGCUCUCUGCUUUUGACUGACCUGCUCUC